AUACACGAGCCGAACCACUGAGUCGAAACAAAAGAUUUAUAAAGAUUUCGAAGCUUCAUGAAGCAGUGUGUUGAAAGUGCUAACACUAACACCAGUCCUAUUCCCCACGAGGAUAAAAUUAAGUCGUGAGAAAACGGCUUUUGGUUAUGUCAAAUUCACGAGAAAAUUAAGUCGUGAUCACGAAAGGAAAAAAAAUGGAUGAGCGCUUAGGGCUUCCGUAGUUUUGGACUUGCUCUCGUUUCUUUGCUGAGAGUGAUUUGUGGACCUGUUGUAUUUCCCCCAGAUCUACUGCACUUGGACGCACCAAAAUCGCAGCCCUAACCUGCUCCCUUAGGUAACCAGUAUGAGUCAGAAGCUGAUGAUUAUCGACACUGACUGCGGCAUAGACGACGCCCAGGCUAUAAUGCUGGCUCUCGCCUCAUCCAAUGUGAAGAUCCUGGGCAUCACCUGCUGCUUUGGAAACACUGAUGUGGACAAUGUGUGUCAGAAUGUGCUGCGUGUACUGUCCGUGUGUCAGCGUACUCAGAUUCCUGUCUUUCGAGGAGCAGCGAGCUGUUUGGUUGGAGCAACAAACCCAUUCAAAGAUCAUUUCGGGACAGAUGGCUUGGGAGACGUUUUGCAGGACAGAGACUCAGACACUUGGAAGACACAAAUACAGAAAGAGCAUGCGGUUAAUUCUUUGAUCAGAUUGGUCAGUGAGCAUCCAGGGCAGGUCUCUCUUGUUGCUCUGGGCCCGCUCACAAAUUUAGCUCUGGCUGUUAGAUUGGAUCCCAGCAUUCCCCAGAAGCUGAAGGAUUUGUACAUCAUGGGAGGAAACAUGGAAGGUAAGGGAAAUCUGAUGCCAUGUGCAGAGUUUAAUUUCUGUAUGGAUCCUGAGUCUUCCUAUAUAGUCUUAGAGGAAUAUCUGUGUCCCACACACAUAGCCACCUGGGAGUUUACCUGCAGAAACAAGCUCUCUUGGGAGUUCUUUGAUGAGCUGAUUGCCCAGGACACUGCAGCUGCUCGUUUUAUGAAAACGAUCACCUCCAAAUGUUGGGCUUUCUCCCAGGAGCCUGGAAGAAACGCUAAAGAUGUACUUUUCGGGUCAGGGUUCGUGCCCUACGAUGCCUAUGCUGUGGCAGCAUGUGUGGAUGGCAGCGUGAUCACAGAAAGCGUGGAGUGCAGUGUUCGGGUGGAGAUCCAGGGAGAACUCGGUCGAGGUAUGAUGGCACUGGAUUUCUUGGGUAAGCUAAAAAGUCAUCGUGUGUUUGUGAUGAAGACCUGCAACCUCACCAAGUUCAGCUCCAUGCUCAUGGCUUCCUUACAGCAGCCGUGAGGAAUUACAGCAAGAUUGGAACGGUUCAGUGGGCGAAGGUUUCAUAUUCUACUCAUCCAUUUUGGAUUUUGAGGAAAAAUCUUAAAGGUCCUCUGAUUAGCCUCAUUUCACUGUCUGGAUUGUUUAGGCAUUUCUAAAUUAAUAGGAGUUUAUAGGACAUCGGUAAGAACACAACUCUAGUGCCAAGCUGUCACACUCAAACAAAUCCAUUUAUGUUUGUGUAGUGUUGUGCCUGUAGGUUUCACACCUCAGCUAAUAAAUUUCACAAGAUUCUCCAUCACCGAAUGGAAUAUGUUAAUAUUAUAUUGCUUCGUAGGGAUUUUUCCCUAUAAAUAAUAGGAAGUAUGAGGUCCGAUUGCAGGGUCAGCCUUUGACACCUCUGGAGCUGUUGAUUGUUUAUGGCCUUAAUUGUGGAACUGGCUGUGUUAGAAGGAAGUGUUAAUGCUGGUGUAUGGGGUUAGGAUCAUGCCAUUUGAACUUGAAUGCAAAUCUAUGAAAUUAUAUUGUGAAUUUACAACGCACAUCACCUGAAAUUGCUGAUGAGCAAACUCAAAGUAUCACAUAGUUGUCCUGGUUUAAAAAUAAAUUUCUAAUCAAACUGGUUGUCUCAGUCUUUAAAUGGUCUACACUUAUGAAGUGCUUUUGGGGAAAAAAAGCACUAUAUAUUAUCUCAUUCACCCAUUC